AUGUCUCAUCCGAGCCCAACAACUGAGGGCCGCAACCAACGCCGCCGCACACCCUUGCUCGAAAUCGACGUGGAUGGAAUCGAGGGUAUUAUAGUUCCCUUGAUCCCAGCGAUUGGACUGAUUGAGGACUUGAUUCGAUACCCAUCCUCACCCCCACCACCGCCAUCACCGCCAACACCAGUGAUUAGACCCGUGUCCGACCACGGCCCAAUGGUAGUACCUGAAUUUGACCUGGAAGACCUUUUUACACCGGCUCCAUUUCACCAACCGGCCACCGGGACCAAUGAGGAUGUCAUCUGGCGUACGAACGAUCGAGUUCGAGGAACGAGCAAUGUUCAACCUAUGCGCCAUGUGUCAGCUAUACCCGUCGUGCCAGAUGAGGAGGGUCUUCUAAGGAUACGGCCACAACGACAACAACGACGGCGUCGACCUGUCUUGGAGCCCCGCCGACGUUUCGACUUAUUCCCACCUCUUUAG